CCUCCCUUCCCCUCAAACCCCACCAUGGCCUUGCAAGCUCUCAAUUCCCCGACCGAGCCAUGGGUCAAGCCAUCCAAGCGCUCAACCAACCCUCCGCUCGACUCCGACGACGAGCACUUAGCCUUUUCCCUUCUCAUGCUCGCACACGGCGGAAACAUCCCAUCUCCCACAAAAUUGCCUUAUUCUUGUUCCCUUUGUAAUAAGUCCUUCUCUUCUUACCAAGCCCUCGGCGGCCAUAAGUCCAGCCACCGGAAAUCAGACGCCGCCGCCGACACAGAUUCCACCACUUCCGCCGUCUCUUCUUCUACAAGGACCCACCAGUGUUCCAUCUGUUUCAAGUGUUUCCCCACUGGCCAGGCUCUCGGUGGCCACAAACGACGCCACUACGACGGCAACAACAAUAAAACCCUCUCUGCUGGUUCCGAUAGUAACGGCGACUCCACUCUCACGCACACCCAUGUCCGGGACUUCGAUCUCAACGUGCCGGCCUUGCCGGAGUUCUCGCCGAGAUUCCCGGACAGUCACCGGCGAGAAAAAAGUCAAAGUCAAAGUCAAAUCCGGGAGAAGUAUGUGGAGGAGGAAGUGCAGAGUCCUCACCCGUCGAAGAAGCCGAGGCUUUUGCUUCCGGUGGAAUGAUUCAGAUUCCGGCGACCCUAAAUCCAAUUUUUUUUUUAUAAAUAUUUUUUGUUUGAUUUUAAUUAUGGGUUUAGAUUAUUGGGAUUAAUUUGUUAGUGUACAAAUAUCAGUAAUUUAUUUAUUGGGUGUAUUUGGAAAUUUAAAUUAUUGAAGAGAUAAUCAU